CGAAUGAGACAAUGGAUUUCUCAACGUUAUGCCGCACUUGUCUUGGUACCACGGCUUUGAGACCCUUAUUCGCUUCGAAUGCGGAUCACAAGCGUCAUGCUACUACUGUGUUCAUUACUACAGGCAUAAAAGUUGAACUAAACGAUGGCCUGCCGCAGCAAAUGUGCACAACGUGCUUUGACUUCAUCAACAGUUCACUAACAUUCCGAAGACAGUGUAAAAACUCGGAAGACAAGCUUCUUCAACUGAACCAAUCAAAUAAAGAAACAUUACCUAACAGUAACAAAAUAGGCGAUUGUGACACUGAAGGUUUAAACAGUAUUUUGAAGACUGAAUUGAAAUAUGAAUUUGAAGUGCCAGAUGAGAUUGAAACUGUGAAUUGGGAAGAUUCAGUUGGAGAAAAUGAUGCUCCGCUCGGCUGUUUUAAAAAUAAAGAUAAUUGCGAUGUACUGGAUCUUCAACUGAACCAAUCAAAUAAAGAAACAUUAGCUAACAGUAAGAAAAUAGACGAUUGUGACACUGAAGAUUUCAAAUGUAAUAUUUUGAAGACUGAAUUGAAAUAUGAAUUUGAUGUGCCAGAAGAGAUGGAAAGUGUGAAAUGUGAGGAUUCUCUUGGAGAAAAUGAUGCACCGCUCGGCUGUUUUAAAAGUAAAGACAAUGAAGAGAAGAAUUGUGAUGUACUGAAUGUGAAGGCGAUAGGAAAUACAAAGGGUGAUAAAAAAAGGAAAGUGCAAAGGGUGUCCUGCACGAUAUGCGGCAAGGACCUGUCGGUGCGGAGUGUGCGCGCGCACGUGACGGCGCGGCACCCGGCCGCCGCCGGCCUGCGGUGCGGGGUGCAUGGCAGUAAAUUUACUAUGACAGUAACCCUCUAUACUAUUUAUUCUCUUCGGUUGCAGUACUGCGCGUUAGAGCAUGGCAGUAAAGAGGCGCUUGCGACACAUACGGCGCUGUGCCCGCUGAAGAAAAAACGACGGGUUUCCGAUUCGGGCAAGGAGUUAGUAUCGUGUGACGUUUGUCACAAGCCGAUGCAGAGGAACAGUCUGCGCGCGCACCAGGCCGUCAAGCACAAAGGCCUCGGGCCUGUAUGCGAGCACUGUGGCCGUGGUUUCGGCAACAAGUUGCGGCUGAGCGAGCAUCUCCGCGCGAAACAUGGCUACGACAAGUUGCAGUGCAGCCACUGCGAAUUCAAGAGCUCGAGCCGGGCCGCCCUUGAGAACCACGAGCGACGCCACCGAGGAGAGAAACCAUUCAUCUGCGAAACGUGCGGCGCAAAGUUUCACGCGGCGUAUCUUCUAGCCCAGCACCGACAUAGCCACCGCACCGAAAAGCGCAUCAAGUGUGGCCUAUGCGGCGCGGCGUUCAAAGCGACGAACAGUUUACACGCGCACCGCGCCGCCCGGCACGGCGCGCGGCGCCACCGCUGCCCGCUGUGCGCGCGCGCAUACUCCUGCAGGCACUACGCUGUCAAACACUUACGCACCGUGCAUGGCUUUAAGGGCACGGUGCCACCGCUGCAAGUCGACCCGGCUCCGACGUAAAACAGUCAUCCACUUGUAACGUCGCAAAUUAUACACACAUUAUGAGAAUA